UUCAGACUAAAGAGCUGAAGGAUGAGCGGUCAGGCCCCACCCCCGCUCCUGCAGCUAACAGUGCAGAGGCUGCUGAGGGAGGAGGCCCUGGCCAUCUCUGCUCUGCACCACCUGCCUACGGUGCUGUUCCCACCACUGUUCAAGGAAGCCUUCAACCACAGACAGACUAACAUCCUGAGGGCGAUGGUAGCAACGUGGCCCUUCCCCUUCCUCCCUGUGGGGACCCUGAUGAAGACUCCCCACCUGGAGACCUUGCAGGCUGUGCUGGAUGGAGUAGACAUGCUGUGGACACAGAAGGUUCUCCCCAGGAGGCGGAAGCUUCAAGUGCUUGACCUGAGGAGUGUGCACCACGACUUCUGGGAUGUUUGGGCUGGAACAGAGGGUGAAGACUGCUCAGUAGAGGCUGUGUGUGAAAAGCAAACCACAAAGCGCCGUCCUAGAUACGCACUGAGGCAGCGUUUGAAGGUGGUCACGGACCUUUGCCUCAGGUUCCAUCUGAAUGAACACCAAACAUACUUGUUACAGUGGGCCCAGCACAGAAGAAGUUUCAUAAGGCUGUGCUGUGUGAAGAUGCGGAUUUGGGCAUUGCCCGUCUACACCGUCAGGAAAGUCUUGAUGGUUUUCCAGACUGACAGCAUCCAGGAGUUGGAACUAAAUACAGGUUGGAGUCUGUCCACUCUGGUGCAUUUUGUAUCUUACCUGGACCAGAUGAGGAAUCUUCAAAAACUCCUUUUAACCCGGGUCCACAAGAACACCUUCAAGGUUCUAAAUACCCCCACAGACAUACAAAAGUGUAUCACCAAGUUCGUGUCUCAGUUUUCCAAACUCAACUGUCUCCAACAUCUCUCCAUGAAUGGCGUCUACUUUUCCAGUGAGCACAUGAAACAGUUGUUCAGGUACCUGAAGACCCCUUUGGAGACUCUGUCCAUCACUAUGUGCAAGCUCUCACAGUUAGAUUUGAAUUCCUUGUCCCAGAGUCAGAGUCUCCAUCAGCUCAAACACCUGAAUCUGAGACUUGUGAAGUUAAUUGAUUUAUAUCCUGUGCCUUUCCACGAUCUCCUAAAGAGUGUUGCAGACACUCUGCAGACCCUAGAGUUGGAGGGCUGCUGGUUGGUGGACUCUCAGCUCAUCACCCUCCUGCCUGCCCUGAGCCAGUGCUCUCAACUCACCAGGGUCAAUUUUUGUGACAAUGACAUCUCCAUGGCUGUCCUGAAGGACCUUCUGUAUCACACAGGCAACCUACGCCAGUUGACCCAGGAGCUGUACCCCGCCCCUCUGGAGUGCUAUGAUGACAGGGGUGAUGUCCGCGUGGGAAGAUUUGUCCAACUUUGUCCUGAGCUCAUGGAUGCACUCGCUACUGUAAGGCAGCCCAGGAGAGUCUCCUUUGCUACAUAUGUCUGCCAUGAAUGUUGUCAGCGCUGUGUCUAUGACCGGGAGACCAAACUUUGUCGUUGUUGGCAGUAAAUGGGGGAAGGUUGCUUCUUGAUACUGAGAAAUGAAAGCCUAACACAAUCGGUAUUCAUCAAGGGGAGCCAGAGCUUAUAGCCACACUCUCACUGCUUAGUGUUUGGGCAACAGUGGUAUGCAGUAGGGUCAGACCACAGGGACU